AACAACCAGAACUCGAAUAAAGUUCAUGUAUGCAAAUAUUGCAAUCGUCGCUUCAAUGCCCACUACAAUUUAGUUCGUCACUUGCCAGUCCAUACCGGAGAGCGACCAUUUGUUUGCAAGGUGUGCGGUAAAGGAUUCCGCCAAGCAAGUACAUUAUGCAGGCAUAAAAUCAUUCACACAACAGACAAGCCAUUCAAGUGCAAUGUCUGCAAUAAGUCAUUCAAUCGAUCAUCAACAUUAAAAACGCAUAUGCGCAUCCAUACAGGAUAUAAACCAUUUCAGUGCCACAUAUGCAAGAAAGGAUUCCAUCAAAAAGGCAAUUAUAAAAAUCACAUGUUAACUCAUAGUGGCAGUAAACCCUAUAAGUGUACCAUGUGCAAUAAGGCUUUCCAUCAAAUGUACAGCUUAACCUUUCAUAUGCAUACACACAGCGAUGUUAAGCCAUUCAAUUGUCAAGUUUGUGGCCGUGGAUUUUGCCGUAAUUUCGAUUUGCGUAAGCAUGUUCGCAAAGUCCAUUCCAAGCAA